CGACCAUCAUCUGUCCGCUGGAUUCCCAUCGUCAGCUUCCAUCCCGAACAUAUGCAUUUGCCCACCUUCUCCUUCCUCUUCUUCCUCAAGGAGUUGAACGGAGGAGUGGAAAAUGGCACAGCGCGCGGUCUUGCUUCUCCUGUGGCUCUUCGACGCAUCAUCUGCGGGAUUUCCCAAUCAGAUUAACAUCGGGGGUCUCUUCAUGCGCUCCACCGUGCAGGAGCACAGCGCCUUCAGGUUCGCCGUGCAACUCUACAACACCAACCAAAACACCACCGAGAAGCCUUUCCACCUCAACUACAACGUGGACAACCUGGAGUCCUCCAACAGCUUCUCGGUCACCCACGCGUUUUGCUCCCAGUUCUCCCGCGGCGUGUACGCCAUCUUCGGAUUCUACGACAAGAAGUCCAUGAACACCCUGACGUCAUUCUGCGGAGCUCUGCAUACCUCCUUUGUCACGCCCAGUUACCCCACUGACAACGAGGUGCAGUUUGUCAUCCAGAUGCGCCCCGCCCUUCGAGGUGCAGUCCUAAGUCUGCUCUCUCACUACAAGUGGCAGAAGUUUGUCUACCUCUACGACACAGACCGAGGAUUCUCCAUACUGCAGGCCAUCAUGGAGGCGGCGGUGGCCAACAACUGGCAGGUGACCGCUCGCUCCGUGAGCAUCACCACGGAUGCGUCAGAGUUCAGACGCAUCAUCGAGGAGAUGGACAGGCGGCAGGAGAAGCGCUUUGUGAUUGACUGUGAGGUGAACAGGAUCAACACCAUAUUAGAGCAGGUGGUGGCCCUAGGGAAGAACAGCCGCGGCUACCACUACAUUCUGUCUAACCUUGGAUUUUCUAAUGUAAGUUUGGACAAAGUCUUUGCCGGAGGAGCCAACAUUUCAGGGUUUCAGAUAGUCAACCCCGAGAACCCCAUUGUGCAGCAGUUUAUGCAGCGCUGGGAGCGGCUAGAUGAAAGAGAAUUCCCAGAAGCCCGGAACGCUCCUCUGAAGUACACUUCAGCGCUGACCCACGAUGCCAUCAUCGUGAUAGCGGAGGCCUUCCGGUACCUGCGGCGCCAACGCGUGGACGUCUCCCGCCGGGGCAGCGCCGGAGACUGCCUCGCCAACCCGGCUGUACCUUGGAGCCAAGGCAUCGAUAUCGAGAGAGCUCUCAAAACGGUCCAAGUGCAGGGGAUGACGGGCAACAUCCAGUUUGACAACUACGGCCGCCGAACCAACUACACCAUAGAUGUGUACGAAAUGAAACUAGGUGGGCCGAGGAAGAUCGGGUACUGGAACGAGUUCACACGAUUUGUAAAUAUUAUGGACCCGCAGGUCACCAACGACUCCUCAGUGGAAAACCGAACGAUUGUGGUCACUACUAUUAUGGAAGCGCCUUAUGUGAUGUACAAGAAAAAUUAUAUGCAUCUGGAGGGGAAUGACAGAUACGAAGGCUACUGCGUCGAUUUAGCAUCUGAGAUUGCCAAACAUGUUGGAAUUAAGUACAAACUGUCUAUAGUAAUGGAUGGGAAGUAUGGAGCCCGAGACCCAGAGACCAAGCAGUGGAACGGGAUGGUGGGUGAACUGGUCUAUGGGAGAGCAGAUAUAGCUGUUGCACCUCUCACUAUUACUCUGGUUCGAGAGGAGGUGAUUGACUUUUCCAAGCCAUUUAUGAGUUUGGGCAUCUCCAUUAUGAUAAAGAAGCCUCAAAAGUCCAAGCCUGGCGUUUUCUCCUUCCUGGACCCACUGGCCUAUGAGAUCUGGAUGUGUAUAGUGUUUGCCUAUAUUGGGGUGAGCGUGGUUCUAUUCCUGGUCAGUCGGUUCAGUCCCUACGAGUGGAACCUCGAGGAUCAGGAUGAGACAAAAGACCCUCAGAUGCCCCCUGACCCUCCCAAUGACUUUGGGAUCUUCAAUUCUCUCUGGUUCUCACUGGGCGCCUUCAUGCAGCAGGGCUGUGAUAUCUCCCCAAGGUCCCUGUCAGGACGUAUUGUUGGUGGGGUGUGGUGGUUCUUCACCCUCAUCAUCAUCUCCUCCUACACAGCCAACCUGGCUGCCUUCUUGACAGUGGAGAGGAUGGUCUCACCUAUAGAGAGCGCAGAAGAUCUGGCCAAGCAAACAGAGAUAGCCUAUGGCACUCUGGACUCAGGUUCCACAAAAGAGUUUUUUAGGCGAUCCAAAAUAGCCGUGUACGAGAAGAUGUGGUCGUACAUGAAAUCGGCUGAGCCCUCAGUGUUUGUUAAGACCACCCCCGAUGGCGUGGCCCGGGUACGAAAGUCAAAGGGCAAGUUCGCCUUUCUCCUGGAGUCCACCAUGAAUGAGUACAUCGAGCAGCGGAAGCCGUGCGACACCAUGAAAGUGGGCGGGAACCUCGACUCCAAAGGCUACGGUGUGGCGACGCCCAAAGGCUCAGCAUUAAGAAAUGCUGUUAACCUGGCAGUUUUAAAACUGAAUGAGCAAGGCCUCUUGGACAAAUUGAAAAACAAAUGGUGGUACGACAAGGGAGAGUGCGGCAGCGGGGGAGGUGACUCCAAGAACUCCUGUAAACCUUGCAGUAUUGAAACUCAGUGAACAAGGCAUCUUAGACAAGCUGAAAAACAAAUGGUGGUACGAUAAGGGUGAAUGUGGAAC